GUCUGUUUGUAUUGAAGAAUAUUUCUCGUCAAGACAUAGUUGUUCAAAUUCAUUUCAUACCUAUGAAUCAGAUCCAUAUGGUAAAAUUGUAUUUGAACUACAAGGAUUAAUGAGAAAAUUUUUCCCAAAUAAUAAUCAUAAUAAUAAUAAUACACCAUCUAUACGUGAAUGGUUACCAAUGAUUAUAUUCAAAGUUAUCCAAUCAGCUACACAUUGGCCUAGAUUGUUUUUUCAACGUUUACAAACUACCACUGUACGACUUGUAUUAUUACCGAAAGCUGGUCAUAAUCCAGAAGAUAUAUUAACAAUUAAUAAUGAUAUUUGUCAUAUGAUACAAGUAAUGGGUGUUGUACAACAACGUAGUCGAUUAACUAAACAAACUUUAUUACGUCGUAUUACAGCUGUACAAAUUGUAAUUAAUGUCAAUGAAAUUUGUCCAGAAAGCAUUAAAACAAAUCAAUUCACUAAAUUAGAUUGUAUAUUUUCCACACAAAAAACUGCACAAUUAAAAGGUGAUUAUUUUCAUUGUGAAUUUUGUAUAAGAUUUCCUCAAUCAGAAUCGAAUACUAACAAAACGCCAUCAUUGUCGUUGUCGGUCGACAGUAGCACGGUGACAGCAGCACCAUCAGCAUCAGGUGUUCGUCACAAUGAUCGAAUAUUCUGUAUACAUGCACAUCCUAUUUUAAUUGAUAAUUUCGGUUCACAUUGGGAUUUGAGUGUAAAUGCUGGUGCAUCGGAUGAAAGUGUACUUGUUCGAGUGGAAUCACUUCCUUCGGGUGUUCCAUCUACGCAUCCAUUGAAUUCGUCAGAACAACAGCAGCAGCAAAAACAACAACAUCAUCAACAACAACAACCACGUUUAGAUAAUCAAGAGAUCAAUGAAACUGUUCCAACAACUGGAUCUCACCAGUCCACUUCAUCAAUAUCAACAAGAGAGAAAUUAUCGUAUAGUUUUCAUCAAAAAACUAAUUUUGCCAAAUCUAAACUUGUUUCAAGAUCAUUAGAAGGUUGGAAAUCUCCACCGAAAAAUCGUUCAAAGAAAAUUAUCAGUCAUUUAAAAUCUUGACAAUAAAAAUGUUCUGUUGAUAGAUAAACAUUGUUGAUAUUUUUCAGAAAGAAAAUAGUUUGUUUUUUAAUUGUGUAAAUAUUUUGUAAAAAUAAAUUUUUGAUACUUAAUAAAUA